AUGGCUCGUUACGCUGCUUCUGCUGAAAACCCAGCUCGUUCUGCUGCUGCUCGUGGUUCAUACCUCCGUGUUUCUUUCAAGAACACCAGAGAGACUGCCCAGGCCAUCAAUGGCUGGAAGGUUGACAAGGCCCAACAAUACUUGGAACAGGUCUUGGACCACAAGAGAGCCAUCCCAUUCCGUGGAUUCAACGGUUCCAUUGGACGUACCGCCCAAGGUAAGGAGUUUGGUGUCACCAAGGCUAGAUGGCCAACGAAGUCGAUCAAGUUCAUCCAGGAUCUUUUGAACAACGCCAAGUCCAACGCUGACGCCAAGGGAUUGGACACCACCAAGUUGAUUGUUUCUCACAUCCAGGUUAACCAGGCCCCAAAGCAAAGACGUCGUACUUUCAGAGCCCACGGUAGAAUUAACGCCUACCAAUCGUCCCCAUGUCACAUUGAGCUGAUCUUGACCGAGGAGGCCGAGGUUGUUGAGAAGGCCAAGGAUGAGAAGAAGGUUAGAUUGAACACCAGACAAAUCGGACGUCUUGCUGCUCAAAAACGUUUGACUGCUGCUUAG